AUGGCUCCCAAUAAAAGUGCCCCUGGUGGGCGUAGUCCAAGGGCCUGGGAUGCGCUCACUCCUCCUCUGGCCGAAUGGAUUCUCGAUGCCGUGUCGACAAUGGGAUUCAAGCAGAUGACACCCGUCCAAGCGGCAACCAUUCCUCACUUCAUGGGCAACAAAGAUGUCGUUGUGGAGGCUGUCACUGGAAGCGGAAAGACCUUGUCGUUUCUUAUUCCUGCUGUACAAAGAAUCCUGCGCCUGGAGGAACCAACGACACGGCACCAUGUCGCCGCCAUCAUUGUGUCCCCAACCCGAGAGCUCGCCGCUCAAAUCCACUCUGUCCUCUUAUCUUUGCUCGAAUACCAUCCCCCUUCUGCCGAAUUGCUACCAUAUCUCAAGGAGGAGGAGGACAAACGGCCUACGACAUCUGUCCCUGCCAUUGUACCCCAGCUCCUCGUCGGCGGCACCACAACCGUGGCACAGGAUCUCAGCUUCUUUCUGCGACACAGCCCCAAUAUCCUCAUCUCCUCCCCGGGAAGAUUGGUGGAAUUGCUCUCAUCGCCCUACGUUCAUUGCCCACAGUCCAGUUUCCAGAUGCUUGUGCUGGACGAGGCGGACCGACUGCUCGAUCUGGGUUUCAAGCAGGACCUGCAAAAAAUCAUCUCCCACCUGCCCAAACAGCGACGCACCGGUCUAUUUAGCGCAAGCGUGAGCGAAGCUGUCGGCGAGAUUAUCCGAGUUGGCUUGCGCAACCCAGUCAAGAUCGAGGUCAGGGUCAAGAUGAAGGACGGCGGAGUUCUCGAGGAUAGAAAGACGCCAGCCAGUCUACAAAUGGCCUAUUUGGUGAAGCCGGCGAGUCAGAAGCUCCCCGCUCUUGCCCAGAUUCUGGAGGGUCUGCCAAUCCGGCCUCAGAGAACAAUCGUCUUCCUGUCGACCUGCGCCGCCGUUGAUUAUUUCCAGCACGUCCUCCCCGAGCUCCUCCCCGAAGGGUUCGCACUCAUCCCUCUCCACGGGAAGCACCAGCCCAAAGUACGAGAGAAGAAUUUCAACCGCUUCCUCACCGCAGUAUCUCCUACAGUGCUACUCACCACGGACCUGGCCGCUCGUGGUCUGGAUAUCCCCCAGGUCGACCUGGUCGUCCAGAUCGACGCGCCGUCAGACCCAAAAGUCUUCAUCCACCGGAGUGGCAGAGCAGGACGCGCAGGUCGCAAGGGCUUGGCCGUCGUCAUGCUCCACCCCGGCCCCGAGGAGGACUACGUUCGGUUCCUCGAGAUCCGCAAGACGCCAAUCGCACUACUAGAAAAGCCAGAGGUCUCAACUACGCAGGAAGAUGCAGACCAGGCCACGGAGAAGAUCCGGAGCCUGCUGCGCGCCGAUCGCGCGCUCCACGACAAGGCGCAGCGCGCGUUCGUCAGCUGGGUACGCAGCUACGGCGGUCACCAGGCCACGUCCAUCUUCCGGACGAGCGCGCUCGACUGGGCGGACCUGGGCCAGGGGUGGGGUCUCCUCCGGAUGCCCAAGAUGCCGGAGCUCAAGGCGUGGCAGGGCGACAAGUUCCUCGGGGUCGAGGUGGACUGGGACAACUUCGCAUACCUAGAGAAAUCACGGGAGAAGGCCCGGCAGGAGGCCCUCGAGGCGGAGCGCUCGGGCGCGGCCAAGCUCGCCCGGGACGAGGAGGCCAGCAAGCGGAAGCGCAAGAUGAAGGCGAACGAGGCGUGGAGCAACAAGCACGACCAGGAGGACGUGCGGGUGGAGCGGCGGGAGAAGCGGCGCAAGAGGCGCGAGGCCGAGAAGACGGCGGCGAUGACGGACGACGAGAAGGUGAAACAGGCCGAGUUGGAUGACAUGAUCCGCCAGGUCAGGAUGCAGAACGCUGCCAAAACCGCCUCUAAAGACGACGAGUUUGAGGGCUUCGACGAUUAG